AUGUUGAACGGAAUAGAUAACUUGUACACAGUAAGUGUGUCGGCUCCCGGGAAAGUGAUUCUUCAUGGGGAGCAUUCGGUUGUGUACGGGAAGACUGCGGUGGCUGUCAGUCUUGGACUCAGGAGCUCUAUUGUUAUUAAGGAAGUAAAUUAUCACGUGGAGCCAACGAUACGGAUACAUUUGCCAUGCGUCGGAUUAGAAGAAACAUUACUUUUAGAACCUACAGUUAAGAGCUUAUUCCACCCGAAGCUAGCUCCAGGGAUUACGGGCAAAUUCUCUUGGAGAUUACCUGAUAAGCUAGACCAUGACAACCAUUUGCGAAGGGUCGACGAGUUCCUACACAUCAUUAAGCCAAACUUCGAUGCCCUGCAGAAUAACCAGAAGAAUUCCUUGCGCAGUUUCCUAUAUGUGUUUUCUGGGAUAUUCGGGAGCACGAAUCUUCCUGUCCGAUCAAUGGAUAUUUCUUUAGGAUCUGAGUUAACUAUUGGAGCUGGUACUGGAAGUUCAGCUUCUUUUGCUGUGUGUUUAGCAGGAGCGUUAAUCCAGCUCCUCAAAUUGAAGAGUUCGACAUCGUUCGAUGCUUUCUAUGAUCAGACGAGUGAAGACUUUAGUAUGAAUGAAAGAGAAAUCAUAUCGGAAUGGGCGUAUAAUUGUGAGAGGAUAAUGCACGGAUCUCCAUCAGGUAUAGACAACGCAACUUGCACCUUUGGUUCGCUGGUCUCCUUCAAGAAAGGCAGUAAGCCCCGGCAUCUAGACAUCAAGAUGGACCUCCGGGUUCUCCUAGUGGACUCCCGCGUGUCCCGGGAGACUCGCGCCCUUGUCGUGAAGGUAGCAGCACUGAGGCAGAGGAACACAGCUGCAGUCGACCAUAUCCUAGACGCUUGUGAUCAUGUCGCUCACACAGCCACGCAGGUUUUGGAAAAACUCUCCAGUGGCAAGUGUGAGAUUGAUAGUGAAGCGGAGUAUCAGCAUUUAGCAGAGCUGUGGGACAUGAACCACUGUCUGCUCUCGGCGCUGGGCGUGUCGCACCCCGCUCUAGAAGCAAUUCGCAGCGCCGCCCGCGCUAAAGGACUAGCUUGUAAACUUACCGGCGCCGGUGGUGGGGGUUACGCCAUGGUGCUAAUCCCGCCGACGACGCCGCGGUCCAUAGUAGACUCUCUAUGCGGGCAACUGCUCGAAAACGGCUUCCGAGUGAAGGAGACACGCCUGGGCGGCCCCGGCGUCUCCAUCGAGAUGUGACGCCGGCCGCACGCCAAGCGGCCGCGCCUCUCAUAGCCCAGCUUCUCAUGCUACAUCAGCUAAGUCGACCAACUGUUGCCUGACAGUUGCCCAACAGUCGCACAACUGUUGCCCAACAGUUGCGCCACAGUUGCUCGCGAGUUAACGAACGUUGCUGCUUAUCAGUAGAUGUUACGGGAGUUAGUGUUUAAUGUGACAGUUGUAUAAUAAAGUUGUUGCUUUUUAUGACAACUGAUGGUCUGUCCAAAGGUUUUGGGGUUUGCAAAUAUGUACCUGGGUGCGUAGUGUGUAGACAGUAUUUUGCCGGACUAGGUCGGGAGAGGGUUAUAGUGUUCCAAUGUGCAAUGGGUGAGUGAAUCGUGAGCCUCAUGAGUAGAAAUCUCUUUUGUAGAUUCAAGGGAAAAGGAUAACUGACGCUUUGAAUCAAUGAAUACGGCUUUACGGCCUUAGAUAGAAUUAAUAUUUAAUUCAACACUACGAGUUUACAAACUCGAUUGAAAGUGAUUGAUCAACUGGAUGUGUGAAUGUUUUGACUCUUUCCAAUCAUAUUUUUAUAAAUAUUGGAAAGUGCAUAAGUGACUAUAUUGUCAUUCAAAGGUCUGUAUCAUGCAUGUUUUCUACCUCCUAAACUUUUUAAGGGUUUUCGCAAACAUUUUUAAUUUUUGUGUCGCAACAGUUGCACGAUUCGGUAGCGAUGGUUAUAAUGAAAUCACAUAUGAACUCGAAUGAGAAUAUUUUUUCAAUUUUAUGCAAUUGUGUGUGCACACUAAAAAUGCUUGCAUAAACCUAUGAAUCUUGCAUUUGAUGUUAUUGCAAGCUGAUGAAUAACGUCAUAUUGACUCCAAAAUGUUAUAGAAUAUCUCUAUCGAAUGGUUGUAUUUAUAUAUUUAGGUAUACAGUACAAUACGUAAUUAUUAUGAUAAUUCGUCGAAAUUGUCACUUGAAAUAUCGAAAUAAAGUCUUGUUUGAUUUCCAAUUCGUCUUUUAAAUUGUCUCAGUUAUUAUCAAUUCGUAACGCACAAGAUUUUUCCCAUUACUUAAUUAACUAUACUUAAAAUGGUCGCUUUUCGCCUUUGAUUAUGAAAAAAAAGAAUAAUCACUCUAACAAGGAUGAAAAAGAAACAUUGAAGUUAGAAAAAAGGUUUUGAUUUUCACAAGUAAAGACGUUUUUAUCCCAGUUCGUGACAAUUUUGACUCCACGUCGAAAUAUAGCAGUUCCAAUAAUUAAAUUAUGAUUUAAAAUGAUAUUAUUACUUAUAUUUAUUAUAGAAUAAUUUAUAUUAUUAGUUUAAUUUAUGUAUAGUGUACCCACCUUAUUUCUUCGCAUAAUUUAUUAUUACGGGUGUUAAUGUAGAAUUUUUGGGACCCCUAGCCAUUUUUACUAUUUUCUGAUACUUAAAAAAAUAUAUAAAAGCUAAUAAAACUUACAAAUUGAAUAACAUGUAAGUAAAAAUGGCUAUUUGGGGUCACAAAUUAAAUCGUUUUACACGUGAGUGGCUAUAUCCGAAUAUAUUGUUAAAAAUAGUGUCCUUAAAUUUCAUGAAAUGAAGAUGAAUUAUGUGUAAAUAAAAAUCGAAUAAUACUUUAAUA